UCUGCAAAGGUAUCUAUGUUCUUUGGAGGAUGCUGGGAAAUGAGUAUACCUGUCAAUCACAUCAAGUGGCUAAGUUCCCACAGGCAUUUUGGUUGCACCAUCUUCGUGCAUCAAUGAAAAGUCCAAAUAUGGCUUUGUUCAAGCAACAGAAGGUGGAAGAUGUUUACGAAAUUGGGGAAGAGCUGGGAAGUGGCCAGUUUGCUAUAGUGAAGAAAUGUCGAGAAAAAAGCACCGGUGUGGAGUAUGCUGCUAAAUUCAUUAAAAAACGUCAAAGUCGGGCCAGCCGUCGUGGAGUGAGACGCGAGGAAAUCGAACGGGAGGUUACUAUUCUGCAGCAGAUCCUGCAUGCCAAUAUCAUCAAGUUGCAUGACAUCUAUGAGAACAAGACGGAUGUGGUCCUCAUCCUUGAGCUAGUUUCUGGAGGAGAACUUUUUGACUUCCUGGCACAGAAGGAGUCUUUGAGUGAAGAGGAAGCAACCAGAUUCAUCAAGCAGAUUUUGGAUGGUGUGAAUUACCUUCACUCUAAGAAAAUUGCUCACUUUGAUUUAAAGCCUGAAAACAUUAUGCUUCUAGACAAGAAUAUCCCUAUUCCACACAUCAAACUCAUUGAUUUCGGCCUGGCUCACAAAAUAGAGGAGGGAGUUGAGUUUAAAAACAUCUUUGGAACGCCAGAAUUUGUAGCUCCAGAAAUAGUAAAUUAUGAACCGCUUGGACUAGCUGCAGAUAUGUGGAGCAUAGGAGUCAUCACCUACAUACUCCUGAGCGGUGCAUCGCCUUUCCUUGGAGAAACUAAACAAGAAACGCUUGCCAACAUCACAGCUGUGAAUUAUGAAUUUGAUGAAGAAUUUUUCAGCAAUACCAGUGACCUGGCAAAAGAUUUUAUUCAGAAGCUCCUCGUGAAAGAUACACGGAAACGGCUUACAAUUCAGGAAGCUCUGUCUCAUCCGUGGAUAACGCCAGUGGACAACCAACAGGCUUUGGUUCGGAAAGCAUCUGUUGUUAACAUGGAAAACUUCAAAAGGCAAUAUGCUAGAAGGCGAUGGAAGCUUUCUUACCGUAUUGUCUCAUUGUGCAACCACUUAUCUCGUUCGCUGGUGAAAAGGGUCCUAAUACAAGAUGAAAGUUUGAGAAACUGUGAAAGCGACAAUGAGGAUCCUUCACAGAGAAGAGCCACUCACCAGAGGAGAAGCAGCAUAUCCUGAAGUCAUGAGAGUUCAUGGGCAGGAGACAGAGGAAACACUCAUCCUUGCUGAAAAAAGCAGCCCUGACAGUAGACUUUGACUUCUUGUCUGAAUCCUUGGUAUGAUACUUCUCACUUCUCAAACUAACCAGGAGCUGGAUGAUGUUAUUAAACAUCUACUGAGCAUUUUAGAAACUUGGGGAUCCAGAUUCCCGGGGAAAUGCCACAGCACAAGCACCAACUGGAGUGCUCUUGUAUGUUGAGUGUUUCAGUGCUGCUUCAAUCUAUUUGUGAUAUCAACUGCACUCAGGACGUAGGGCUUCUACUGAUAUUCUUUUACUGCAAAAUAAUUCACAUUCUGCACAAUGAUUAAGACUGUGCAUUAUUAUUUCAGUCAGGGAAAUUGUUAUUGAGUCUUAAGGAAUUUUUUUUUAUUACAAUUUUUAUAUUUGUUAAUAGCAUAAAUAUUUAAUGGCAGAUAUCUGACAGGCUUUGUUAGCUGUGUGCAACACUCUGCUAUUGCUGUCAUUGAAGAGAAAAUCAUAGUGCAAUUACAUAUCAUAACCUUGAUUUCACAAACCUAGUGGUAAACAGCUCUAUACUGCAAUAAGAAUUGUGCUCUAGCUGUCAUCUUUGGCUGAAGACUAGCACAACUGCCAUUGACAAUUUGAGUACAACUGACUCUGGCCACUGAGAGGAGGAGAUGGGCUAUUUUUGGAUGAAAAAGAGAGAAAAAUUCUGUAGUGAAUUACAUGCACCCAAAUACAAUGUUUUUACAGAAUGAUGGCAGGAUGCUUCACCGAAACAGGGCACUUAAAAACGCAAGGUAUAUGAAGAAAUGGUCUUUAUUAGACUUUGUUAUUGUUUUAAUUUAUUGUGAGCAAAUUGGAGGUUCAUUAAUGCCUCUUUGUAUAGGUGCUGUUUACAUGUAACCCAAACUUCAAACAUCUGUGUUUUUAUUCAGGGGGUUGUAUCCAAAAUUGAGGAAGUAAGCACUUUGACAGUGAUGUAACUUCUUUGUGCUAGGAAGUUGCAUCAUUUUAACUAUAUUAGUUCAGUAUUGUCCAAUUGGUACCAAAAACGUGCAUAGACAAGGUUAUUUUUUCACUGAAUAUAUUAGUUGGUAGAUGUUCAUAUUUAUUUUGAUACUUCUUAAAUUAAAAUUCAGAAAGCAAGCCUACUAGAAACAACUAUAGAUUGACAAGGAAACUGGGUUUGUUUGGCUUUAUGGUUGUCGUUUCUAGGAUGAGGUUUUAGAGCUGAAGGUGUGAACUGGGGUUGAAAACUAGUGUCAGGGUUAUUUUGCCUGGCUUCCAGUUUCCAAGAAAGAAAUAAAAAUAUGCUGCUUUUAUUUGUAGCUUUGUUAUCCUUGCUUAGGCAGAGAGUAAAAUGCAGUUGAGGAGAAAGUAUUUCUAUGAAAGGAAGGAAACGUACGAAGAAGCAUUAGAAGAGAGAGGCAGAAGGUAGUAUUUGAGGGAAGAAAGACAAAAUGAAGGAGAUGGUGGUGGUAGGAAAGCAGUGGAGAGGAAUGAGCAUGAGGGACACGUAGGGAGCAGAGGUGACUGGGAAGGUUGAAGGAAGGGGAAGAGAAUGUAGAUACAGGAAUUGUGGAAGAAUGUUUUGGCAAAUAUGGCACUGCAUUGUGAUAUUAUUUAUUUCAUUUCAUUUAAUUUCAUGUCUUGUGCUGCCGUAGCCUGUGACAUGUGCCUGAAGCAGAGCAUGGGCUUCUCUUCACAUUCAAUUAAAAGGUGUAUGUCUGAGCUUUCUGUGUAAUUUUUGAGGCAGAAUCCUCAAAAUAUAUAGUGUCCUGUAGCAAUAAAUAUAUUAAGAGGGAGCAAUAAUGGGGAAAAGUAUUGUUUCUGUGUCUGGAGGGAAUUUUUCAUAGAUAGAACACUAAAUAGAUAUAUUUGGAAAAAAAAGAUGGCCAAAUUUGCUUCCUGCUUUCUCUGUCCUGUGCUUUACCCUUACUUCAUUCCCUGGACUAUGGAAAACCAAAUAAACUUGGAGCCAGUGAUAUUUUUAUGAAUUCCUGGAGUUUCAAAACACCCUUGGCCUCCAGAUUAGAGAUUUCAGGAUGCGUACAUAAAUUUCACUUCUGAAAAUUAAGCCUUUGUUAAACCAGCUGUUAGGUCGUUGCAUCAGAAUUGUGCUCUCCUGGAGAUGAGCUGGUUCUUAGGUAAAAUCCCAGCAACUGUUGAGCAAGAUGGGAUGUAGCAGAAAGACAUUACAGACAGCUCACGGCGUUUGGUCUUCAGUCACCUUUUUGCCCAGGUCAGCUGAGGACAGGAGCGCUGCCGUGGUCACAGGAGAGCAGCAGGGCUGGCCCUUCUCUGCGGCACUCAGUGGUUCCGUAGCUUCACGUGGCUCCCGGGUGAUGUGGCUCUUCUCUCUGCACAGAAACCACAACAACCAGGGCUGCUGCCAGGCCAAACCGCCCCUGACUGUUCCAGACAGGAGCGUGCUGCCGCUGGAUAAUCUCUUGCUCUCAGGACUAACGUUUGUGAUUUAUUAGGAAAUUUUACUCUGUAUUUUGUUGGGUUUUUUUCUCCAAAUGUGGUGUCCUUUGUAUUUAUCUCCCCUAUCUAUUCCGGUGAGGUGGAAAUUCAGCCCUGUUUCAGGGAGGUGUAGUCUAAUUAAACUGUGUUUACAGCACUGGAGGACACCUUCUCAGCGCAGAGCUGAGUUUUGUUCUUUGCCAUUGGUGGGUUUUGAGGAACAACCCAGAGGUUCCUUUUAUUAAGGACAAACAAAACAAAAAAAAGAAAGUGUGGGAGGGAAGCAGGGUGGUGGGAAGGGAGAUGCGUCACCAUCCCUGGAGGUGUUUAAAAGACAGGUAGACAUAGUGCUGAGGGCCAUGGUUUAGCCAUGGUGUUUGUCAGUGUUAGGUUGAUGGUUUGGACUCCAUGAUCUGAAAAGUCCCUUCCAACCUCGGCAAUUCUAUGAUUCUAUGUAGUACACUUUAAUAGAACGAUUUAUGUUACAGAGUUUACUUUGGUGGAGAAGAAAAAAAAAAUCUAUUUUCUGUGUAUUAUUUUUAAGCAGUAAGGAACCUGGAGAUAAGUGAUAGACUGAAAAAAGAUAAGUAUUUUUAUUAAAGUAAGACUAUUUUUAUUGUUAUUUUAGUGGUGACGUUUUUAAAUCUCUGUGCCUCUAUUUUUAUUAAGAGAAAUACUGAUUUUUUUUUUUAUAUACUUGGAAAUAGUACCGACUGUCAAAAAUAACAAAUAUAUUUGUUAUUCUGAUUUGCUAAUAAAACUUUGC